AUGGUUGAUUGUCUCUCAUGUCAGAGUUGUUGUGGGAGUUUACGUUCUACUAAACUUUAUCCAAAAGAAAAACGACCUCUAUCAAGGAAACGUGCUGCUCAAAAACUUUAUCUACAAAAACAAAUUCAGAACAGUAAUAUUAAUAAAAGUACGUUUUCAUGUGACAGUUUAAGUUGUGUAAGUAGUAAUGUACAGUCUAAAACGAAACAUCGGGAUGUUAAUAAUAAUAAAAAUAAUAAUAAUAACAAUAAUAUGUCAACAUCAAUGGCAGAUGAACAGAAUCAUGUACUGGAAUUUUAUAUAUUUAAUGUUAGUCAUGAACGUAAUCUUAAUUUAACAAUUGAUUCAAAUGAUAAACGUUUAUUUAUUUUUUACCAUAUUUCUAAUGGUUUAUAUACAAUUGGAAUUAGAAAUGUAACUUUAACAACUCGACGUGUUUUUAUGCGUUUUUAUCAUUCACGUUAUCAUCAAAAAUAUGGUGUGUUUUUAAUUUUACUUGGCUUUUUUAUUUUUGCCUAUCUUAUUUUUAAACAAAUGUUACACGAACCAUACGAACCAACAUUGAUACUUGAUAAUGAGCGACAUUUAUUUAUUCGUUUGUUUAAAACAAAUGAUGCACAUAGAAAAAAAAUUCAUCCAUUUCGAAUUUUAAGUGGCUCAUUACAUUAUUUUCGUGUUUUACCACAAUUAUGGUCUGAUCGUAUUGAAAAAAUGAAACAAGCAGGUUUAAAUACAAUUGAAACAUAUAUUCCAUGGAAUUUACAUGAACCAGAAAUGGGAAAUUAUAAAUUCAAUGAAGGCCUAACUGAUUUAGUUAGUUUUUUAAAAUUAGUUCAUCAGCAUGAAAUGUUCACAAUAAUUCGUCCAUCAGGUUAUAUUUGCGCUGAAUGGGAAUGGGGUGGUUUACCAAGUUGGUUAUUACAAGAUGAUCAAAUGCGUAUUCGUACAACGCAUUCAAAUUUUAUAAAAGCAUUGAAAAAUUAUUAUUCAGUUUUAUUACCUAUUUUAUCUGAACAUCAAUAUAAUCGACAUGGACAAGGUUCUAUAAUUGCAUUUCAAAUUGAAAAUGAAUAUGGAAGUUAUGGUAAUGAUAAAAAUUACCUUGAAGCAAUACGUUCAAUGUAUAUUGAAUGUGGUCUCAAUGAAUUAUUUUUUACAUCAGAUGGUAGACAUGAUUUUUCGAAAGGUUCCUUAGACAAUGUAUGGGAAACAGUUAAUUUUCAAAGAAAUGUUAAAGAAAAUAUUGAAAAAUUAAUUGAAUUUCGUCCAACUCAACAUCUUAUGAUAACUGAAUAUUGGACUGGUUGGUUUGAUUAUUGGGGUGGAAAACAUCAGACAGGUCAAAAUGGCGAAUAUACUGCAAAAGAAUUUGAAAAAGAUCUUGAAGAAAUUUUACUUAAUUCUAAAUAUGAAAUAUCAAUUAAUUUUUAUAUGUUUUUUGGUGGUACAAAUUUUGGAUUUACUAGCGGUGGACAUCAUUUUCCAUCAAAAAAUUAUGCACCACUUGUUACAUCAUAUGAUUAUGAUGCACCAUUAAAUGAAUCAGGUGAUCCAACAGAAAAAUAUUUUGUUAUACAAAAUAUUUUAAAAAAAUUCUAUGAACAAAAUCCACAAUUAAUUAUUUAUAAUCAUGAACGUAUAACUGACGAUACAUUUGAAAUAAUUCAACCUAAAAUAUCAAAAAAGGUUUCUUAUGGAAAAAUAAAUAUAUUCGGUUAUAAAACAUUUGAACAGAUACUCAAUGAUGAUAUUUUAACAAAUCAAUAUCAUGUCUACGAUGGUCCUUUAAAUAUGGAACAAAUUAAAGCUGAUAAUAAAACAAUUGGUGCAUCACAAGGUUUUAUUGUUUAUACAAAUAACAAUAUUCAAAAUUUAUUAAAACAAAAUGAAGAACAUUAUAUAGUAAUAACAGCUAUUGCAGAUAAUGCUAUUAUACUUGCUAAUGGAAAAGUGAUCCAUAAAUCUUUACAUACAGAAAAUUCAUUUCGAUUUAAUGUACCACCAGAUACAUCUAAAUUAACAAUUAUUGUAGAAAAUAUGGGACGUAUUAAUUAUGGUCCUACACUUGAUCAUAGUCGAAAAGGCAUUUUAGAUAAAGUAUUAUUUAACAAUAAAAUUGAAUUAAAAGAAUGGACAGUACAUGUAUUAGGAUUUCGUCAAGGUAUGUCAAGUAUUACAGAUUGGAAUAAAUUAACAAUUAAUGAUACAGAUGAUAAAAAAAUUAAUGAUCUUAAUAAUGGUCCACAAUUAUUUUAUGCUCCAUUUGAAAUUGAGAAUGAAAAAUCAAUACAAGAUACAUAUUUAGCAUUCAAUGGUCAAUGGUCUAAAGGUGUUGCAUUUGUAAAUGGUUUUAAUAUAGGAAGAUAUUGGAGUAUUGGACCACAACUUACAUUAUAUAUUCCAAAAGAAUUAUUAUUUAAAGGUUUUAAUCAAAUACAAUUAUUUGAAUUAUAUACAUAUGGAAAAUCUAUUGAACUUGUCGAUACACCUGUGAUCAAUGCGUGA